CGAAGUGUAAAUCUCUUUAUGUUUGAGAGUGUAUCGUUUUACGUUAAUCCCGGUGGCCGUUAAUUGCGUCCGUGUGAUUUAUUAAUGGAGAAUUACUUGAAACGAGGACGAGUGAAGAUUCAAAUACGGCAGGAGAGGAGAUAUGAAGAUUCUCGAGCAUUACAAGGUUGUCGUCGCCUCCUCAGGUGUUCAUCCAAGUGAACGAUGUGGAUUCAUAGGUCGACACAUUGUUGGGGAGUUGGUAGCAAAGGACCUGGCCUCUACGAUUUGUGUAGUGGAUAAAGUACCCCCUCAGAUUGCCUGGCUGAAUGAAAAUCACCGACAAAUUUUCGAUGAAAAAGUUGUGUUCAGAAGUGCUAAUCUUAUUAAUCCUGCAUCAUGCAAGACAGCAUUUGGUGAGGAGACAUGGGAUUGGGUAAUAAAUGCAGCUGGUGAAACAAAGACAGGCCAGGUAGAAGCAGUUUAUCAAGAAGGAAUAGUCAGACUCUCCACUAAUUGUGCGAUAGAAGCAGCCGACAGAAAGAUAAAGAUCUAUGUAGAAAUAUCAGCUGGCAAUAUGGGUUCUGAUGAAAAAACUGCUCACAAGGAAUCUGACGAUUGCCAUCCCUGGUCUGUCACAGCAACUUGUAAACGGGAUGUCGAGAAAAAAAUCAUGGAUAUGCCUGGUCUCAACUGGAUCAUAGUAAGACCUGCCAUUGUGUAUGGUCCAUCUGAUCGGCUUGGAAUAACCCCACGUUUAGUAUUUGGAGCCAUAUAUCAACACCUGGGAGAAACUAUGAAGAUGAUGUGGGAUAAAAAUCUCCUGAUAAACACUGUUCAUGUUACUGAUGUUGCAAGGAGUGUCAUAUGGUUGUGUCAAAGAGGGAAAACUAGAGAAGUCUACAACCUUGUUGAUGAAGGUAACACCAAGCAGGGUGACAUCACUAACAUAGUCUCGAAGAUCUUCAGCAUCAAUCACGAUUAUUGGGGCAACACUUUGUCAAGUGUAGCAUCAAAUGAUGCUCUUGAUUUGGUUAGUGAGAUAAAUGAAAAACAUUUGGCUCCCUGGGCUGCUGUUUGCUCAGCAGGAGGUUUAGAUAACACCCCAUUAACUCCAUAUAUAGAUCAGGACUCUGUUCACCACAAACACCUUCAUCUUGAUGGAAGUAAAAUACGGAAUGAAGGAUUCACUUAUGCAGUGCCAAAACCUACUUUAGAGAAUCUUUUGGAGGUUCUGAAGGAGUUUGCAUCAAUGAAGAUCUUCCCAGCAAACGCACUUCCAAGUCAUUAGUCAUGAAAUUCCAUUAUACUUUUCAAAUGACUGACAGGUGGAGAAACACUUGAUAUGCUGCUCAUCCGUUCGCGGAAUCUUAUGGAGAGAUUCUCGUUAGAUGGUAAUUAUAGAGGUGUAAUACAAAUCAAGAGUGUGUGCAAAAAAAGCCAGCUCUACUCGUUGAAUAAGGGUGCAUUGUCAGUGCCUAAUGAUACUAGGCUGACUCCAUUUGCCUCUGGCAUUCAGUCUUCUUCAUUUUAAAAGUGCUGCCUUCUAUUGCCUUGUACUAUCAAAAAUUUCAGUGGUCAUGAACGCUAGUGCAAGCAACCACACUUCAGAAACAGAAAGGAGUUGCUUUGGUGUCUUCAGUUAUUCAUAUUGAAAACAGAUCAUCUUCUUUUGGUGACUUAUUUUAUCUUUAUUCAGUAAAUUGACAAGGUAGGUAUGUCAUGUAGUGUUACACAUUUUAGUAUAUUUCUUCUUGUUGAAUAUAUUAUUUACAUACUUUGUCUAAUGCCAGCAAUAUACUUUGGCUUGGUUUCAUUUUUGAAUUAAUUUGCCAAGAUGUCUGUUUUUUCUAAUGUACUAUUUUGCUUGUAGUCUGUAAAAAGGUAUGAUUUUGUCUCCUCUUCCCCAUGUUGUAGUAUUAAACUUUGCCCAUUUUUUAAAUAAAGAUGGCAUUAUGGUGCAGUUCAGCAGCAUGGAUAGAGGAAUAACCUGAAAAAUAGUUUGCUUAUAUUUUGCAAAAUAUUUUUAAAUGCUUCCUGGCAGGGAAUUGGGUAAAAAAGAAAAACUGGCUUCAUUAAAGUAUUUUGUCGAUUAUUUGACUACUGUAUUAGGUUUGUGCAGACUUACAGAUGCGUGCAUUAUUGUUAAGUGUAGUGAAGAGUUGGAGUUUUAUGAAGAGUUGGAGUUUUAUGAAGAAUUUAUAGUUGUGAGUUUAUUGCGGUAAUUCAAAACCACUGUGUAUUCUUAAUUUAUAACUCGGAUUGAAAGGUAAAUGUUUUUGUGUAGAAGUUACUUAUUUUCCAAAUAGUGGAACUACUGGGGUGAAUCUGAUUUGUACAGCUUUUUUUUUUUCUGUGUACUUUUUGGAUUUCUGUAUAAUUAUUUGUAAUUUUUUGAGUGUUUAGAAUUCUAAGAAUGUUGUAACACAAUUAUUCAUUCCCAUUUUAAUUUUCAUAGGAUUAUAAACUUUUGAUUGUGAUUCAAGAUCUCAAUUUUGAAAGAAAAUGUGUAAUGAUGUUUUGUUGUGUUUAGUGUUUUGUUGGUUUGCUGUGCUGUACAUCACCUGCAUAUGGAUGGCUAGUAAUAACUUUUGUAGGUUAAGCAAAAUUUUUAAAAUUUACCAUGGAAGCAGACAAAGCUUUUGCAAAAUUAUAUUAGACCAAAUAAAUAAGUACUUUAUGCAGAUGGAAACCAAGUGAUUGCUUGGAUGCAAUUUGGUAAAAGUUGCCAUAAAUUGGUGUCAUUUUAUUGAUGUAUAUGUAGAUCAUAUAUCAUUUGUAGAAAGAUUGAAACAAACUUCUUUCAAAAUUGCCACUGUAAGAUAUUGCCUUUUCUGCUAUGAGUUAAAGCAUAGGUUGAACAAAGGAGUUAGCUCCUCCCAUUAACAAAUUCACCGAGUUAAUUAAAACUCUGUACUACAAAGUUAACCAGACAUACUACUGAUAUUUGAUAAGAAAUAGUUGGUUUAAAGAAAAAAAAUUCAUUGCCAUCAAACCACUUUUUAGUUUCACUGAAUGUAGAAGAAAAUUGUAAACCAAAUUGAGUGUAAUAACUUCCUUGAAUUCUAAGAGUGUUCAUUCUUUGUAUGAACAAUUGUGGAAUUUAGUACCUGUAGUGCUCAGUUGUAACUUAUUAAAUCUAGGCAAUUGUAACUUAUUAAAAUGAUGCUGGAAGUGGGCUUGAAGCAUUAUUUUAUUAAAAUAAAAUGUCUUAUCAAGCACAAUAAUUCGGUGAUAAGAAAAGUUCAACAGGCUGAUAUGAAGUAAAAAAUUUAUUUUUACCAAUAGCAGGUUUUUAUCAGAAUAUGCUUGACAUGGUUUUUUGGAGAGUUCCACAUAAGCUAAUAAUUUCUUGGACAGUGAUGGCAACCACACAGAAUAAAAGCUUUAUAUUCCUCGAGCUUUAGGCAGUAUUGAUGCAGAUCUUUCUACAGUGAAUUGAAUAUUUAACAAAGUGUAGUUUCUGUAUAUUGAGUAACAUUUCCAAGUAUAUUUAUGUGCACUGACAGCAAUUGCUGCCCAGUUACUGUCAAAAUUCAGGGUUGAUGUUUUUAUAUUGUUAAAAUUUCAUGCUGUUAUUAGAUGGUUAUGAAUUAAGAUUACCGCUGAAAAAUAAGUGCAAGAUUUUUUUUUUUUUUUUAUACCCACUGUUGAGUAGGGAUUGUAUUUUGCAUUAAUAUUUUCUUCUAAACAGUCCAUUUGCUUCCUAAAUAUUUAUUGGCUUCCAUACUACUUAGCAGUUGCAAUAUCUCUAAACUUUGGAAUUUGGUUCAGGGUAAAUUACUGUAGCUUUUCUCUGUGGAGUGUUAACUGUUGACAACGUGACAUAUCUACAGAAUACUGUACUUGUUACAAAGGUGUAGUGAUGAAGUACCAUAACCUCAAGGCUGUGUGAUAUUAGUGCCCUUAGGAGUAUUAGGGGACUUUGGCACUAAAACUAUAUGGUAAGUUUUCAAUUAAAAUGAACUAAGGUUUGGAGUUUAGUUGGCUUUACGAUUUUAACAGCAUCCAGCAUCAAGGUUAGGUAUUUUAUGACAAUUUUCAAAUAAUUUUGACUUGAAAGUUCUCUGUGUAAUGUUUUCAUGAUUUUACUGUUAUUACAUUCCAGGUGUUAGUUGUUGUUGCUAGCAAUAUUGUUUGGAGCCAUUGUGAUAACUUGUGCCAUAGGUGAUAUCAACAUUCCUGUACCGUGAUAAUAUAUACUGUAUGUGCCUUUGUGCUGUAGUAACGUUGAUUCCAACUGUUGGCUUACCGUAAAAAAAAAAAAAGACACGAGCGAUAUCAGACUUGAAAAAAAUGGCUUGCAUGUUUUUAUGUACUUAAAUCAUACAUUUUUCAUACCUCACUCAAAUAAGAACUGAAAAAUUUGUUUUCCCACACAUGGAGUUGUGUACAUGUAUACUACAAUUAAAGUGGUUUAUUCAA